AUGCCAACUGAAGAACUGAGGAAGUUGACGGUUGAGAUCUAUGGUAAGUUCCCUGCUGCAGAAAGGAACUAUGACAUGGGUAAUCGUGAGUUGUUAGCCAUCAAAUGUGCAUUUGAAGAAUGGAGACCUUAUCUAGAAGGGGCCGUGCAUCAGAUUUCAGUCAUCACUGAUCACAAAAAUUUCACCUCUUGUCCAGAAGCUUCUAGUAACAACCCAGAGGUGGAUAACUCAAUAAACAAGCUGUGCACAUUUUGGGCAGAGGUUCAGAAGAACCUGGAAAAAGCCCAAGAAAAACAGAAGAGAGAACAUCUAGAACUUUACCUGUCAAAUAAACCUGAUGUGGUCUUUGAAGAAGAUUUCUUGAUCUUUCCCAUGGAAAAUCUUACAAAGAUUUUCAUGCCUGGUCAUAUAAGAGGAGAUGUCAUGAUUGACCUCAGCAUUGGUUCUAUGAUUCACCAUCUCUAUGCACCCAGUGAGUUCUUUAAACACAUCAUAGUGCUGAAGGUCCAAGACAGAUGUAUCCUGGAACUAAAAAGAUGGCUGAACACACGUACUGGAGCAUUUGAAUGGGGACAUGCCACAAAGAUCCAUGUAGACAUAGAAGGAAAGAGCACUGAGUUACAGGAUAAAGAAGGAAAAGUGAGAGAAGCCGCUCAACAUGUCGCAAAAUGUGACCUAGACAAAGAAAAUAUAAUGGAUCCCAUAGUCUUACCACCAGCAGAUUGUAUCACCAGCGCUUGGCUCCUGGAUGUUAUCUGCAAAGACCAAGAUGACUACAGGAGAUAUCUCAGGAAGUUCUCACAGUUACUGAAACCUGGAGGACACCUGAUAUUAAUUGGGUGUUUAGGUAUGACAUAUUACAUAAUCGGUAAAGACAAGUUCCAUGGUUUCUCAUAUGAUGAGGAUUUUGCCAGGAAAGCUCUAGUUGGAGAAGGAUUUGUUAUUGAUAUCUGUGUGUGUAAGAAGGCAACAGGUAUAAGUCCCCUCAUUGACCAUAAGGCCGUCAUAUUCAUUUCAGCUCACAAGGAGAAAUAA